AUGGCUGAUACUUCCAAGGUGGAUAAUGAUGACAACCUUGAAGACAGUUCGUCUUCUGAAGAAUGGACGAUUAUUUAUAAAAAAGAAUCUAAUUUAAAACAAAAUCGUCUUAAUAGCAUAGAACAUAUUGAAGUUCAUGAAAAAGAAAUAGAAUCAGACGAUGUAUCUAUACUCUCAGACGAAAGUGAAUCAGAACAACUUAUAAAUGAUGGAAAAGUUGAAAUAAUGGAGUGGCAAAUUGAAAGCAAGCAAUCUACUCAGUUAGCAACAUUAUCUCCUAAUCAUACAUCAGAUAGAAGUAUAACAUCAAGUGCUUUAAUUACAUGCUCUGUGAUAGCCUUAAUAAGUGGUAUUAUAAUUGCUGGUCAAAUAAUUGAGUUUCAAGGACAUGAACCAAAUUAUUUUCUAAAUAAUGAAAUUCAAGCAAAAUUAAAAGAAUUUAUUGGAAUCAAAGAAAAAUUGAAUGAUUUAAAUGAUGUGAAACGAGCUCUACAUCAAAUUCAAGGAAAUAUACAACAAAUGAAGAAAUUAAAGGAUCAAUUAAUAAAUAAAAAGUAUAAAAAAAACAAAUCAAAAUAUUCAGGUGAUAAUUAUAAAAAUUUUGAAAAAUUGAAUAUAGAAAAUAUUUUCAAUCUAGAUGGUUAUGAUAAUAAACUUGAAAUGCUUGAAAUUACGUUCCAAAAUUUUUGUUCAAUAAUAACCAAAAUCAAUUCAACCAGUAAUUUAACAUUUGAAAAUAAAUUAUGUAAAACACCCAAGAUACUUUCAGAUAUGAUUAUUUUAAAAAAAAAUUUCAAACAAAUUUUGGAAAGCAAUGUAGAAACAGAUUUACCAGAAAAUCGAGUUUUUCUUAAUGUUGAAAGAAAACUGGAAUUAGUUUCUGAAUCUUUAUUAUUUGAUUUUAACGCUAUAUUUUCAAAGUUUACAAAGAAAAUUCAAGAACGAUUAAAUAAAGUAGGAUCUGAAAUUCAUAAUCGAUUAUGUUUUUCAUAUAAUAAAGAUAAAAUUAAUGACAAAUUUUUUAAUAUUUUAAACAAAAACUAUUUUUUAAGUAAUUGUAACGAAUCAAAUUCAGAUCCGGCAAUUAAUUUAAACUCAAAUGUAACUAAGAAAAAUAAAAAAGGUUAUGGAACUAAAAAAAAAUCAUAUUUAGAAUUAAAAAAAAAUGCAUAUAAAAAUAAUUAUAAAAAUAUUAAGGAUUAUAAAAACUUUUUUGAUUCUAAAAAAAAUAAUUCCUAUACAAAAAUAUAUCCUGAAGAAAACUUUAUUAAAGGAGAAGCAACAACUGAUAAUAAUUGGAAAAAAAAUAAAAAGGAAAAGAAAGAGAAAUAUUCUCUAGAAGAAAAAAAAUAUAAAUAUGAAAAAACUGAUAAAUAUAAAAAUGAUUGUAAUAAAAAAUAUGAAAAAACUAAUCAGGAGUUUGAUUAUAAUUUUGAAUUUAAUAAAAACAAUCAUAAAUUUAAUUACGAAGCUGAUCAUAAAAAGGAUGAUUCUCAAAAAAAAUCGAAGCAUCAGAAAAGUUAUGAUUUUAAUGAAGGUGACUCAAAGUUUAUUGUAAACGUAGAAAAUUACUCAGAUAAAUAUCUUCGAAAUAAAGAAGAAAAAGAAAGAUAUAAAAAUGAUAAAGAAUAUAUAUUAAAGCCAGAAAAUUUAAAGGAAUCAAAAUAUGUAAAAUAUCAAGAAGAUGAACAUUGGGAAAAAAGGGAUAAAUAUCGAGCAAAUAGUGAUUGGCAAAUACAAAGGGGUAAAGCUCGUGAAAAACAACGGAAUUCUGAUUGGUAUUUUGUUCGAGCAGAUUCACGUGAAAAGGCGAGGAUUGUCGAAGAGGAUGAUAAACACACAUAGAGUACUCCUUCACUUCGUAAUAAACAUGAAGGAAAGCGUGACUGGUCCUUGCGAAGAAAGUAGAAUUAUUUAAUGGUAUAAAUGUUUAGGAAAUUUGGCAAUAUCUGGAAUUUUUUGAACUCAAAGUGACGAAUCUAUUCAUAAGAAUUCUCAACACGAAUUCAAUUACUGUAAAAAAUCUAUACAUGCAUUCACAGUUGCAAAUAAUGCACUUAAUUAAUUGCCACCUUUUUAAAAUUCCUAACAGUAUGUUCAUCUAUGAUCAUUUGUAUUAUGUUACACUAUAC